AUGACCACCAAUGGCCUGCAGCUAGCACCUGAGAAAUCGGAGUGUGUAGUUCUGACAAACAAGAAGAAAUUUCGCAACCCGGACCUUUUCAUCCAUGGUCAUCAGAUCCCGUCCAAGCGGGCCAUCAGAUAUUUGGGAGUCCAAUUGGAUACCAGGCUUUCAUUUAUCGAACACGCGAGCACUGUAGCUGUUGGGGCGAGGAAGGCAGUAGCCGCCCUGGGCAGACUCAUGCCUAACGUCGGAGGCCCGACGCAGGUGAAAAGACAGCUCCUAAUGAGUGUGGUCCAUAGCCGACUGCUAUACGGUGCAGCAAUCUGGUCAGAAGAAGUAUCCAGGUUUCAAAAGUCUAGUAACGUAAUGCUACAAGCGCAGAGGUGUGCGGCACUGAGGGUUGCAAGGUGUUAUCGUACAGUGUCCGAUAUGGCAGCCCUUGUACUGGCCAAGAUGCCCCCGGCAACCCUCCUAGCGGGAGUCAGGAAACAGAUUGCGGCAGCGAAAAAAGCCGGCGCUGCUCUGUCCAAGCGUGAUAUGAUGGCCGAUGUCCUUAGACGUUGGCAAAAUCUAUGGGACUCUACCGGAAAGGCGGCAUGGACUAAACGGCUGAUACCCAAUCUGUCCAGGUGGUGGCAAUGUGGUCCACGCGAAGUGAGCUACCACAUGUCGCAGGCCCUUAGUGGCCAUGGCUGUUACCAAAAUUACCUUUGGACAAGGAACAAGGCGCCGAGUCCAGCUUGUCCCCACUGCACCGCAGAGGUCGACGACGCUGAGCACACUGUGUUUGUGUGCUUCUUCUGGAGUGAGGAGAGGAAAGAGGUUGAACAAUCCCUGGGCCGGCCAGUACGUCCGGAGGACGCCAUGGACCUCCUGUGCGGACCAUCGGCAGCGGAGUUACCAACCGAAGUACCACUCAGGGGUAGGAUCCUGGCUGCAGCAGAGAAAAGGAAAGUCCAGUUCGCUCAGAUGGUUGAGGUGAUCAUGGGCCGCAAGGAGGAGCUGGAGAGGGCGAGACAGCGGGAAGCUGCGGUGGAAUAA